GAGCCAGGAGGAGGAACAGUGUAGGAGAGACAGAGGACGAGUAAAGCAGGAGACAUUUUUCCUACGCUUGUUCACCUGCGUGAGCUUUAACACUGUGUUCAGCAAUGAGGCCAUUAACACACUCUGGGAUUUUUUGAACACUCACACACACUCACACACUCACACACACUCACACACACACUCACACAAACUCACCAUGAUGAAGAAAGGUGGACUGAACUUCCUGAGCAGAAGGAACCAGUCUCUGUUCGACACCAACGUCCAGAUGAGAGACAUUGAGAAUGUGGAGUUUGUGUAUGACACGGUGGUGAUCCCAGACUCAGGCACAGCUAAAGUCCGCUCCAGACCCACCGUCAAACACUUCAGCACUUUUGGAGAUGGAGCUGGAUUUGCAGUUCCGACUCCAACAGUUCCUGUUCUGGCUUCUUCCACCGCACCCCAAAUCAGCCACACGGGCAAUACAGAGAGUCUGCCAAAUGGAGGUACCAUCUCAUCGGAUGACCUUGAAGAAGGACACAUUCUGAUCCCUCCUCCUCCCUCCAUUGCACCUCCACCUCCACCUCCCCAGUUCAUUCCUCCAUCACCUGGACAUGUCACUCCUCCACCAGCAUUUUUUGGGGAGCCGUAUUCACCUGUAGACCUGUCCGCUCUAGAGCCACCCUCCAUGCCCCCUCCCAAGCCACCUUCACUAGGAAUGCCAGAAGAUGUAGACCUGUCCAUGUUAAGGCCUCCGCCUAUGGCUCCCCCGAAACCCCCAAGUUAUCAAAUCUCUACAUACUCACCUGAGGACAUCCCAGAGUGCCCCAAAUUUACCCCUCCACUGCCCCCAACAGACAAACCCCAGUCCCCCACAACCAACAUCCAGAAGAUGCCUCCUCCUAAACCCAUCAGGUUCUCAUCCAUCUCCAACAUUGAUUUGCCUCCAUCUGGAUCUACUACCCCAACUUCUACACCCUCAGGAAGGCCAGCUUCCAGCUUCAUCUCCCAGAACACAGGCAAACUUUACACUGUACCAAAAACAACAAUUCUCACUGGCCAAUCAGAUAGAGAGAAAAUGAUACAAAACAACCUGCUCCUGGAGAACCCCUCCAGAAACCCAGUUGGACUUCAUGUCAAUGGGAAAGCACCAACAUCUGAAAAGAAAAUGAGCACACCCCAAAACCCGGUGCCCCCGGUCAAGCCAGUGCGUCGCAAUAGUUCAGGCAUGAAGCUGGAAGAAAAUCUACAGGACUUGAAGGAGAACGUGCAGGUGACGCUACCCAACCAACCAGCAACACCAAUCAGGGUCGUCAACAGCAUGACUGCAUCUUUAGAGACACCACCAGAUGUUCCAAAUAAGAUCCCAACUUCAAUAAAAGAUUCUCCCACAGCAGAAAGGCCAGCAGCUGUGCUGUCAGCUCAAGACAUAAUUCACUUGUCGCCUGUGGACCCAACGCGAAAAUAUAGCCCGUUACUGAACCGCAAGCUGCAGAGCCUGAAAACCAAUGAACCUUCCAGCGGGAAGGAGGCGGCUGCUUCUCCGCUCACCCUGUUGAUGGCGGCAAAGGAACGAGAGAAGCAGAGGGCAGUCAUUUCCAGAGAAAAUAGCACCAAGAGCAACAGCUCCACAGAUUCCACCAAUGGAAGCAUCCACCCGAGCGACACCAGACCCAACUCAUUUACUGUUACCCCAAGACCACCGAUGUCCUCAGGAAGUGUCAAUCCCUUCAUAGAGCCCAAACUCAACACUGAGAACCCAAAAGUUACUUACUCCACAUCUGAACACUUUGUACCCUCCAACAGCAUUCUAAUUAAAAAUCCAACAAGUAUUGCAUCCCCAAAAUCUCCAUCUGGGCAGUACAAUGGCUUUGACAUCUCCUUCAUCCCUCCUCCACCUGAGUUUGCUAAUUCUGCUCCAGAAGAUGAAGCUCCACCCAACGUGCCUCCACCUGACCCACCUGCCAAGAGAACAGAUGUAAUUCCACCUCUAAACUCUGCUCCCAUCACAAAUGGCCCUACUAAUCCCCCAAGUAUUAAAUCAUCCAGCACCACCACACCAAUUAAUGCUGUUCCUAGCACUCAGUUCAAACCAAAACCCCAAGUUCCACCCCCAUCUCUACCCAAAACUCAGCCCCAAGCUCCACCCCCAUCUCAACUGAAAACUCAGCCCCAAGCUCCACCCCCAUCUCAACUGAAGACACAGGCUCAAGCUCCACCCCCACCUCUACCCAAAACUCAGCCCAAAGCUCCACCCCCAUCUCUCCCCAAAAGUCCGCCCCAAGUUCCACCUCCAUCUCAACCCAAAACUCAACCCCAAGCUCCACCGUCCGUCGCUGCCAGUCAGGCCACACUGCUCAGCAUCCUGCAGAAGAAGAUGCUGGAAAUGGAUUCCAAAUUCGCUCCGGCCCACGAAGCAGACACUGGCAGCGAUGACUGGAACUCCCCUCUGUUUGAUGAGGAUGUAGGGAGUGGUCCUUCCCUAAACUCCACCCCCAAAUCCAGGAGCUCCACUUUGCCUCCACAGUCUGCAGGUCUGGACAUGAAAGAACUGGAGAACAAAGUGACCAAGAAAGCACAAGCUAAAGCACCAGCCAGCAGUGGUUCUUCAAAGCAGCAGUUCGGGAUGACGUUCAUAGUGAGGCCUGGGACCAAACAGCCCAUCACACCCGUCCCCAAAACUGAGUGACCAACCACACAAAUGGGCGUGCACACACACACACACACACACACACAACUCGGCGUAAAGAACUCAUAAAGGAAAAGAUGUUACAUAUGAUAUUGGACUGGUUACACACAGCAGCAUUUUCUGGAUUUUUUCACCUGAAACUCUGUUUUAGUGUUCUGUUUAUAAACUGCUCUCUGUGUGUGUCCAACCUGGAUUUAUUCUCUGUAGGACACACACUCGACUGACAUCUGUGUGUAAACCACACACACACUUAACAUGGUGUUGGAGGAAAUUUAGUUUCAUGUUUAGUUUGUAAUUUUUAAAAACACUGUUCAUCCAACUUUAAGAUGCAGAAGAAAUGGGUACGAAAACGCAGGACAGAAAACAUCAACGUUAAACACUGCAGCACGGACUUGUACAUUUUAGCAGGCUUAUUUUGUUCACGAGCAAUUUUUGCCUAAGGAACUUAUUUAGAAAAAUGUGUUUCUCUGUUUUUCUGUCAGAGUAAUGGCUCUGUCCCAAACGCUGCUGUCUGAUACUCACACACACUCACUCUCUUAAAUCUAACCUACAUUCACGGUGCUUUAUGAGCAAUAAACACCAACAUCAAAUAACCACCAUCAGGAAGCCUUUCUAGAGCUGUGUGUGUGUGUAUUCUAGCAUUUGGAUGAGAAUCUUCAAAUUGGUCAACAUUUGGAUAAGAACAGAGUUUGGGAUGCAGCCGUAGCGUCAGAACUGUAAUGAAAUGUAAAAAGUGAUGAUUAUCUGGACGUUAAACUUGUUUUAGUGCCUCAGCUGACAGGAAGUGAGUGAGACUGUAAAGUUCUACUUGUGUGAUUAUAAAAGUAUAAAUGUUUUAUUAAUGAAAUGCUGUAAUAGUGUUAUUAAAGUGUAUUAUUACAGUGUGAUAGACAGCGUGUGUGUGCGUGUCGAGGUCAGCGCCGUAAUUCACACGGAAAUGUUUUCCGCUGAUGAGAGAUGAAACUGGAGUGUGAGAGCGAUGGAGUGCUGUAGUGUGCACUUUCCUCACACUGACUAAGGGGAAAAAGUUCUCAGCACUUAAACACGUGUGUGUCUGAACACAAACAUGGCAUGUGUUACAACUAAUAAACUAUCAGACAUCUGUG